AUGAAACAGUGUAUUGUAUUUGUGUUGGACGUGUCCAUAAGUAUGAUAGGAACCAAGUGUCAAACAUUACAGCUGGAAAUUCAAAGGUUCAUUGAGAAACUUCAGUUAGGUAACCACGUGGGUAUCGUAUUGUUUAACAAGCGCAGUUGGAUUGAGCAUCCGGUGGUCCAGAUCACGGAUGGUAAUGUCAGAAAUGGGCUCCAGAACAAAAUACCUCAAAUGGCGGCGGAUAAAACUGACAUCAGGGCCGGUGUUAUGGAGGGCCUAAAUGCGUUGAAACUGGCCAAUGUACCUACAGAGGGCGCUGUUUUAUUUUUGGUUACCGGAAGUAAACAUAAUUGUGGUUCCUCCGAUUACGUGGGUGACGUAAUUGUUAAUUGUUUGGCAAUUGGCAAUAAAGCCGACCCCUAUUUGGAGCUACUGACUAAAGGCACCGCAGGUAGAAUGUAUGCCAUGGGUGAUGUUGGCGAGAAUAUUCGCGAGAUAAUGGAUAAUAAUUCAAGGGAUGUCUCAGCAAAAUUAGGAAACAAUUCAUGUGAAAAUCACUACAAAAGUCAAUUCAUUGAGUUGUUGGACAAACCAAUCGGUUCGGGAGGUUUCGGAGAGAUCAUUCACAGAGACCUCAAACCAGAAAACAUAUUAAUCGCUGAAAAUGUAAGGAACGGUAGAUUUGUAAAGUUAUGUGACUUUGGUUUGGCAGUCGAGCAUCGGACAGCUUCUGAAACUCAGAGUCACUCCGUAAAUGUUGGAACAUUUGGAUAUAGGGCCCCAGAAUUGACCUAUUCAAAAUAUACUGUUAAAACUGACAUUUUUAGUUUGGGUAUUCUUUCAAUGGAGCUGUUCAAUAUAUCACUAGAUACUUGCACAAAAAAGUUUCGCAUUUGUAAUACGAUUGACGCGAAUAAAUAUAAAAUCAAAUUAUUUCACGUUUUCAAUGAUGUUAUCAAUGAGACGAAUAUACUGUUUGUCACAUACGAUGAUAAGGCCUAUGGGUUGGGCUGUAAUUAUAUCGGAUGUCUGGGUUUGGGUCACGAGAUUGAGGUGAAGACACCCCAACUUAUUCCCAAAUUAUGCGGACAACGGAUCAAACAAUUCAUAAAUGGCUGGGACUUUGUGCUGGGCGUCAAUGAGGACAACUAUGUAUUCAGUUGGGGACACAAUUCCGAGGGACAGUUGGGUAGACAUGUGACAGAAUUUGGUAUUCAUUUAAAACCGGAAAACAUACCCGAUUUGAAUGACAAGAAUAUCACACAAAUAUGUUGCGGUUAUAAGCACUCCCUGGCCCUCACCACCGGUGGACAGGUGUACGGGUGGGGCAGUAAUUAUGACGGGCAGAUUGGUACGGAUGCCAUUUGGUCACCCAAACUGAUCCCACAAUUAAAUGACAUUAAAUCCAUCAGUUCUACGCAUACGGGAGAUAAUCAUUUCACUUGUUUCCUAUCAAAUAAUAAUUCCAUCAAAUACAAGAAAAUGGUGAUUCAAAUCAGGCAAUUUCGUCAUUAG